AUGCCGAGAAGGAAGCGCUUAUCUGCAGGCAGAACGCCCCUGAUUCUCUUCCUGUGCCAGAUCAUUAGCGCACUGGACGUACCUCUUGAUCUGGUACAGCCUCCAACCAUUACUCAACAGUCUCCAAAAGAUUACAUUAUUGACCCUCGAGAGAAUAUCGUAAUCCAGUGUGAGGCCAAAGGGAAACCUCCUCCAAGCUUCUCCUGGACCCGCAAUGGGACGCAUUUUGACAUAGAUAAGGACCCUCUCGUCACCAUGAAGCCUGGCUCAGGAACCCUCACGAUCAACAUCAUGAGCGAAGGGAAAGCAGAGACCUAUGAAGGGGUCUAUCAGUGCACAGCCAGGAACGAGCGCGGAGCGGCAAUUUCUAAUAAUAUUGUUGUCCGUCCUUCCAGAUCACCGCUGUGGACCAAAGAAAAACUUGAACCAAUAACACUUCGAAAUGGCCAGUCUCUGAUCCUUCCCUGCAGACCCCCUCUUGGAUUACCACCACCUAUAAUAUUCUGGAUGGAUAAUUCCUUUCAGAGACUUCCACAAAGUGAGAGGGUUUCUCAAGGUCUGAACGGAGACCUUUACUUCUCCAAUGUUCUCCCAGAGGAUACCCGUGAGGACUAUAUCUGUUAUGCCAGAUUUAAUCACACUCAAACCAUACAGCAGAAGCAACCUAUUUCCGUGAAGGUGAUUUCAGUGGAUGAAUUGAAUGACACCAUAGCUGCUAAUUUGAAUGACACUGAGUUUUAUAGUGCAAAAUCAAAUAGAGAGAGGCCACCAACCUUUUUAACUCCAGAAGGCAAUGCCAGUCAUAAGGAGGAAUUAAGAGGGAAUGUCCUUUCACUGGAAUGCAUUGCGGAGGGAUUGCCUACCCCAGUUAUUUACUGGAUAAAAGAAGAUGGAACACUGCCCAUCAACCGGACAUUUUAUAGGAACUUCAAGAAAACUCUACAGAUCAUUCAGGUUUCAGAAGCAGACUCUGGAAAUUACCAGUGUAUAGCCAAAAACCCACUGGGAGCUAUCCAUCAUACCAUUUCUGUCACAGUUAAAGCGGCUCCAUACUGGAUCAUGGCACCUCAAAACCUCGUGCUGUCCCCAGGAGAGGACGGGAGGCUGAUGUGCGGAGCUAAUGGCAACCCCAAGCCCAAAAUUAGCUGGUUAUCGAAUGGAGUCCCAGUAGAAAUUGCUCCGGAUGACCCCAGCAGAAAAAUAGAUGGCGAUACCAUUAUUUUUUCAAAUGUUCAAGAAAGAUCAAGUGCGGUGUAUCAGUGCAAUGCCUCUAACGAAUAUGGAUAUUUACUGGCAAACGCAUUUGUAAAUGUGCUGGCUGAGCCACCACGAAUCCUUACAUCUGCAAAUACACUCUAUCAGGUCAUUGCAGACAGGCCUGCUCUACUGGAUUGUGCCUUCUUUGGCUCUCCCCUGCCGACCAUUGAGUGGUUCAAGGGAGCUAAAGGUAGUGCCCUUCGUGAAGAUAUUUAUGUUUUGCAUGAAAAUGGCACUUUGGAAAUUCCUGUGGCCCAAAAGGACAGUACGGGAACUUAUACAUGUGUUGCAAGGAAUAAAUUAGGAAUGGCAAAGAAUGAAGUUCACUUAGAAAUCAAAGAUGCAACGAGGAUCAUUAAACAGCCCGAAUAUGCAGUCAUGCAAAGAGGGGGCACGGUGUCCUUCGAAUGCAAAGUGAAACAUGAUCACACCUUAAUCCCCACCAUCACAUGGCUGAAGGACAACGGUGAGCUGCCCAAUGACGGAAGGUUCACUGUGGACAAGGACCAUUUGGUGGUGGCUGAUGUAAGGGAUGACGAUGGUGGGACCUACACGUGUGUGGCCAACACAACUCUGGACAACGUUUCUGCCAGUGCUGUGCUGAGCGUUGUUGAUGUCCCAAAUCCUCCCUUUGAUUUAGAAUUGACGGAUCAACUCGACAAAAGUGUUCAGCUGUCAUGGACGCCAGGCAAUGACAACAACAGCCCUAUUACAAAAUUCAUCAUUGAAUAUGAAGAUGCAAUGCACGAGGCAGGGCUGUGGCACCACCAAACCGAGGUUUCUGGAAUGCAGACCACAGCCCAGCUGAAGCUGUCGCCUUACGUGAACUACUCCUUCAGAGUGAUGGCCGUGAACAGCCUCGGGAGGAGCUUGCCCAGUGAGGCAUCUGAACAGUAUUUGACUAAAGCCGCAGAACCUGAUACAAAUCCCACAGCUGUGGAAGGACUGGGAUCAGAGCCUGAUAAUUUGGUGAUUACCUGGAAGCCCUUGAAUGGUUUCGAAUCUAACGGUCCAGGCCUUCAGUACAAAGUGAGCUGGCGCCAGAAAGAUGGUGACGAUGAAUGGACGUCUGUGGUGGUGGCAAAUGUAUCCAAAUAUAUUGUCUCGGGCACACCAACCUUCGUUCCAUACCUGAUAAAAGUGCAGGCCCUGAAUGACGUGGGGUUUGCUCCAGAGCCAGCCGUGGUCAUGGGGCAUUCUGGAGAAGACCUCCCAAUGGUGGCUCCCGGAAAUGUGCAUGUGAACGUGGUCAACAGUACCUUAGCUGAGGUGCACUGGGACCCCGUACCUCUGAAAAGUAUCCGAGGACACCUGCAAGGCUAUCGGAUUUACUACUGGAAGGCACAGAGUUCAUCUAAGAGAAACAGACGUCACCUUGAGAAGAAGAUCCUCACUUUCCAGGGCAGCAAGACUCACGGCAUGCUGCCUGGGCUGGAGCCCUUCAGCCACUACACAUUGAACGUCCGCGUGGUCAACGGGAAAGGGGAGGGCCCGGCCAGCCCCGACAGAGUCUUUAAUACUCCAGAAGGAGUCCCCAGUGCUCCAUCCUCUUUGAAGAUUGUUAACCCAACACUAGACUCCCUCACUCUGGAAUGGGACCCACCGAGCCGCCCGAAUGGCAUUUUGACUGAAUACACCUUAAAAUAUCAGCCAAUUAACAGCACCCACGAAUUAGGCCCCCUGGUGGAUCUGAAAAUUCCUGCCAACAAGACACGCUGGACUUUAAAAAAUUUAAAUUUCAGCACUCGGUACAAGUUUUAUUUCUAUGCACAAACAGCAGCAGGAUCUGGAAGUCAAAUAACAGAGGAGGCGGUGACAACUGUGGAUGAAGCAAUGGCGAGCCGGCAGGUGGAUAUUGCGACUCAGGGCUGGUUCAUUGGUCUAAUGUGUGCUGUCGCUCUCCUUAUCUUAAUUUUGCUGAUUGUUUGCUUCAUCAGAAGAAACAAGGGUGGUAAAUAUCCAGUCAAAGAGAAGGAAGAUGCUCAUGCUGAUCCUGAAAUCCAGCCUAUGAAGGAAGACGAUGGCACUUUUGGAGAAUACAGUGACGCCGAAGACCACAAGCCUUUGAAAAAAGGCAGUCGGACACCUUCAGACAGGACAGUGAAGAAGGAAGAUAGCGAUGACAGCCUAGUUGACUAUGGAGAGGGGGUGAAUGGCCAGUUCAAUGAGGACGGCUCCUUUAUUGGACAAUACAGUGGUAAGAAAGAGAAAGAACCGGCGGAAGGAAACGAAAGCUCAGAGGCACCUUCUCCUGUCAAUGCCAUGAAUUCCUUUGUUUAAUCUGUAAACUCUCUGCCAAUAUCCCAUUUCUCUAGAAUGUUUCUCUUAAGCACUUGUUUGUCUGCCUUCUCGUACUAGGAACACAGAGGCAGAAAGUACGUGUUCUGCUGUGCGUUAAUAUUAUGAGAGCGGUGCAAACAAGAACAUAACUCAGAUGAUUUGUUAAUGUGAACUGCAGUGCAAAGUACAUCCUUUUUCAUUCAAAAUAGGUAUUCUUGUUCAGAACUGAUAAAAAUAAUACAACAUCA